AUAAUCCAGAAUGUUGGAUAAGUGAGACUCUACAGUCGUAACAGUUCCCAUUUUUAGUUAUAGUUUAAGCAGGAGUUUGUGCAUAAGGACAGGAGAUAUAUGUACCUGAGAUUUUGCAGAGAACCGAUCUAUCAGCCACAUAGACAUUAUCACAAUAGGCAUAUCAAUGGUCUGCAUCAGCAUAAAACAACUUUAUUUAUGGUAAGUGGGGUGAUUACAUUGGACUUUCAUUUGCAGUUGUGAUCAGUAUUGACAAAGUAGUGUAACCCCUAUGAACUAAUGUGAAAGAAUGCAGUUCAAAGAGAGGGAAUGAGAAGCGCAAGUUACCUGCAAUCUCUUAACAGCACAGAGAGCAAGAUCUGUUGUAGCUGAGCAGUUUGGAGAUGUAAUGAGCAGCUCAGGAUUGUCUAGUUGGACUUCAGCAGCUUAGAGCUGGCUCACAGAUGGCUUUUGCCCCAGUUUGCUUUAAUCCAAUAAUGCUAUUCUGUUCUGUCUCAUACUGCACACCCAGAAGUGCUUUGGAAGUGAAAAAUAAUAAUAAGGGGCUUCUUCCAGCUGAUACUGAUGUAAGAAAUGUAACUGCAUCACUGCUCUUUUUCUCAUCAUGUGUACAUGGCUCUCAAGAUCAAAAUUGCUGAGACUAAGGUUGUUUUGCUCAAACUGCUCAUAUGUGUGAUCAUAUUCUACUUGGUGUAUUAUGUGGUCCUUUGCAUUUGUUUCACAACAUUCAGAUUGCAGAUGUUGGACGGACUGGCACCUUUUGAUUUUAAGACAAAGCCUUCAUGGAUUAACACAUAUUAUUUAGUUCUUCUAGUGUCACUGGAGAUAACCUAUUUCAUCUCUGGACUACUCUUUGUCUUGGUUGUAGAAGAAUGGGUUUGGGAUUAUGCUAUAACUGUUACAGUCAUUCACAUCGCAGUAACUUCAGCUGUUAUGUCUGAAUUUCCGCUGAUGAUGCACUGGUGGGCAGCUUUAGGUCUGGGCCUAAUUUCAAUGAUUUGUGGAGGACAAUGCUUGGCCUACUACUUGUUCAGAGACAAUUUUAUUUAUCCAAUCCUGGAUGAUUUCUGAAAUACAUUUUACAUUGCGCCUUUCAACAUUGCAUUAAAAACAUAUUUUAUGUUUUGAGCCAAUGUCAGCAUGUUGUUUCUAGUCAUUCAGAAUUGCACACACUAACAUAAUUCAGGUUUCUUUCUUUGUACAGAAAUAUUAUUUUAUGUUUAA